AUGGAUUCGACUUCGCCGUAUGCUUUCCCGCUACACCCAAAGGAGUAUGCGCCCGAGCCGGUGCCGAGCAUACAGGAAUGGAGACAGCUCUGGGCAGCGUGGGAAUUAGUGACGUUGAAAAUGAUCCCGAACUCGGCAUUGCAUGAGAAGCCGAUUCCGUUACGGAAUGAGUUGGUCUUUUAUCUUGGGCAUAUACCUACGUUUGAGGACAUCCACCUCUCCCGCGCAACAAACGAAUCCCCCAUCGAACCACUCUACUACCAAACAAUCUUCGAGCGCGGCAUCGACCCGGACGUCGACAACCCAAAUGACUGCCACGACCACAGCGAAAUUCCAGGUACAUGGCCCUCGCUCGCUGAAAUCCUAUCCUUCCGGAAGAAGGUCUGCGCAAGGAUCGAGGCGCUGUAUCAGACCGAUAAACCCUGGUCUGAUAGGACUAUUGGUCGUGCGCUGUGGAUCGGGUUCGAGCAUGAGGGUCUGCAUUUGGAGACGUUUUUGUGGAUGAGUAUUCUUAGUCCGAAUGUACAGCCGCCUCCCGGGAUGGAGAGGCCUGAUUUUGAGGGGAUGGCAAGGAAGGCGAGGGAUGGGAGGGUUGAGAAUCGGUGGUUUCCUGUCAGGGCAAGGACAUUCCCAAUCGGGAUCGACGACGCGGAAGAUGAUUCGGGGAGUGGGUAUUUCGCGUGGGAUAAUGAGCGUGGGCCGUAUGAUGCGAUGGUGCAUGGGUUUGAGGCACAGGCAAGGCCUACGGGGAAGACGGAUUGUAUUCCGAUUUCGUGGACUCGUACCGAGAACGCUGCCAAUGGCCAUGGCUCAUCGGAUGCGGUUGAGAACUUCAUCGAAGGCCUCACCAUCAAAACCGUCUUCGGCCCCGUCCCGCUGAAACUCGCCGUCGACUGGCCCGUCUACAUAUCCUACAACGAUGCAACAGCCUACGCCGACUGGGCGGGCGCUCGACUCCCGACUCUCCACGAAGCACGCAGCAUCCACCGUCAAGUCGAGGAGGAGAAGGCCAAGGCAAAUAACGACCUACCGCGAGACCAACUCCCCCCCUCCUCCCGCGAAGACAUCUACAUCGACAUGACCGGCUACAACACAGGUUUCAACCAUUUCCAUCCCACGCCCGUGACGCACAAGGGUAAUCAGCUGUGCGGACAGAGUGACCUUGGUGGUGCGUAUGAGUGGACGAGUUCGAAUUUUGCGCCGCAGCCUGGGUUUAAACCUAUGGAUAUUUAUCCGGGGUAUAGUGCCGAUUUUAUGGAUGAGAAGCAUAUUGUUGUUGUUGGGGGGACGUGGGCUUUGCAUCCGAGAAUCUCUGGGAAGAGGACAUUCCUCAAUUGGUGGCAGAAGAACUACCCUUAUCCUUGGGUGACUCCGCGUCUGGUUCGGGAUGUUUGAGGGUUCGACCUAAAUAGAUAUAAAAGCCUGCUAGAUAUUAACAUAUAUCAUACGGAGUACGAUGAAUGUAACAAGAUUCGAUAACU